AUGCUACAAAAGUUAAGGGAAAACUAUGAGAAAAAAGCAGAAAACGAAAGACUAAGAUUAGAUGAACUUAAGAAAGAAAUCGAAGAAGUUAAGCAGAAAAUUGAAGAUUAAAGGAUUCAACUCAGAAAGAACUAAGAAGUUAAAAUUGAGCAACCGACAUUGCAGCAAUAAAUAUCAAAUAAUGGUGAGGAUGGAAAUGGUAGAAAAAAAGUCAAGAUUUUUACUUCUAUAAACUCUCAAAUAAAAUAGCAGGAACAUCUCUUAGAUAGAUAAUUGCAGAAAUAUAACGAAGCGGUUGCAAAGAAUAGAAAAUUUAGAGCAUACAUUGAUGAUUUAAGAAAAGAAAGGAAUGUCUACAAAAAAAUUAAUAAGAAGCUUAAGGAAGAGCUGAAACUUAAGAAAAAAGACUUAGAGAAAGAGCUUAAAGAGGCUGAAGAAAUAUACUUAAGAAAGGAAAUGAUAAGAAAGAAGUUAUCUGAAUUGAAGGUAGAGACUGAAAAACAAGAUAUCGAUUAUGAGGAGGAAUUAAGAAAAUUGAGGAAAUUAAUUGAUAUUGAUAAGAAAAACGGAGUAUUUGAGGAUGAAAACUCAAAGCCUCAAGGUAAUUAGAAAACCACUAAAGAUAGCAAUAACAAUAAUAAUAAUAAGGACAAGAAAGGUAUUUUGAACAAUUAGAAAACUAUGCCAACACCUGGUAAAAACAAGAGAGGAUCCUCCACCGUGAAUUUCUAUCCUACAGGCAAGUCUCCAGAGAGGUAAGGAUUUCAAGGAAGAGAUUCUAUCCUUUCUCCAAUUGCUAAUUCAAAUAUUAAGAACUAAAGAUAAUCUGGCAGCAAGAUGUUUAACACUCUUGGACUUAAUAGCAACCACAGUCUCAGCCAUCAUAGUAAAUUUGGAGAUCACAUUGAAAAGAAAGAAACAUUAUAAACCUCACUCAAGUAGGUUGAGUAGUACGAGACAGCCUUCUAAUAAAUUAAAGAGGCUUCUGGGAAAUAGAAUUUAGAUCAGCUGGUAUAAAUGUUUGUCAAGUGGGAGACUAAAAUAUUUUCAAGAUUUAGCUUUAUAAAUGAUAUGAUAGCAGAAAAUGAUAAAUUAGAUGAGGAAAUAUCUUCAGUUGAAAAAGAAAUUCAAAAGUACAAGAAAAUGAUUGAAGAGGAGGAGAAAUAAAAAACAUAAAACAUUCAAAGAUAUAAGGAUAAAAUUGCACCAGAGAGCGUAAUUUAAAAGCCUGAAAAAUCUGUGCCACUUCGACAAAAGUAUAAGGAAAUAUUUGAGGAUUAAGAUGAGGAGAAUGAUUUUCUAUAAACUUUAAGGGUAAUGAAUGCUCUUAAAGUUGGAAUUCAGAAUAUUUUUGACAACAUCGGUUGUGCUAACGAACACACGUAGGAGUUAGUAGGAACACAUGGAGUAACUGAAUCUAAUAUGAUGUAAUAUCUUGGAAUUAUAGAAAUGAGAACUAAUGAAAUCCUUUAGAUGUAUGCAGCAUGUUAAAGCAAAGGCUUAGAUUCGAACUAAGGAAUUAAUCAGGUUUAAUAGCCAACAAAUAUGGCUAAAGAUAGAGAAAAGGAUAGAUAUUAUAUAGACGCUCCAGAUGUUGCUGCUGUUGAGGAAAACAAGAAGAAGAUUCCUGAUAAUGAAAAGAGAAAGAGUCAAGCAUAGUAGCAGAUUCAAAAUGAUGAUUUGGAUGAUAAGUUGCAAUAGGUAGAUGAAAAGGGCGAAGAUAAUGAUGACAUCAAAAUGUCAAUUAAAGAUAUUCAAAGGAAAGCGCAGGAAUUCGUAAAGGAAAAUCACGAGAAAUUUAUUAAGAAAAAGAAUAAAUCAAAAUAACAGAAUAAAUGA